AUGUCAUCCCGUACAAUGAAUAGAAAACAUAGUAGUGUUUGGUACCAUUUCACUGCAUUAGAUAACGUUAAGGCAAAAUGUAAUAUUUGUUCAGAAACAAAAAGUUUUAAUGGUGGCUCAACAGGAAACUUGUUACGGCAUAUUAAGACCAAACACCCAACAGUACCACUGGAAAGAAGUAUUAACCAGGACGAUGAUUCAAACUCUGGCUCAAUUGAUAACCCACAGCCAUCAACUUCCUCAACAAAUAUGGAAAAUCAACCUAGUUUAGGAACAAUUGCACAGCCUCCAAGGCAGCAAAACCGUAAGCAAAUGACUAUGACAAACUUUGUUCAAAGACCAAUUACAAUGAGUAAGUCAAAGGCAAUUGACCAACAACUAGUCAAAAUAAUUGAAAAAGAGUAUCACCCAUUCAGUGUUGUUGAGGAUAAGGAAUUCAGAAAUUUGAUUCAAAUGUUAAAUCCAAAUUAUAUCAUACCAUCAAGAAAAACUGUCACCCAGAGCUUAUUGCCUCAAAAGUAUGAGAUGACCAUUGAAAAAGUUAAAAAUCAAUUAAUAAAUGUUUCGGCAGUUUGCAUGACCACAGAUGGCUGGACUUCAUUAAAUAAUGAAAGUUUUGUUGCAGUUACAGUUCAUUUUAUCGACCCUUCGAAUGAAACACAGCUGUCAUCAGUAUUGCUAGGUUGUACCAAUUUCCGUGAGAGACAUACCGCAGAGAACUUGGCGAUUUUUUUAAGAAAUAUUGUAGAUGAGUGGAAUUUGAAUAAUAAAAUAGCUGGUGUGAUAAGUGACAAUGCUAGCAAUAUUAAAUCUGCAUUACAAAAAUGCAACUGGCGGUAUUUGUCUUGUUUUGCUCAUUCGAUCAAUUUGGUUGUUCAGACAAGUUUAAAAUCCAUUGAGCCAACUAUAAUAAAAGUAAAGACAAUUGUCAAGUUUUUUAAGAAAAGUUCCCACGCUUUGGGAAAAUUACAAGAUUUUCAAAAACAAACUGGCUUACCUCAACUAAAGCUUAAAUUGGACUGCCCAACCCGUUGGAACUCAACAUAUGACAUGUUUGACAGGAUUUUAUCGAUUAAAGAAUCCAUUAUUGCUACCCUUGCAGUAUUGGGUAACAGUGAGUUAAACUGUCUCAAUUCAGAGGAAUGGAUUCUUCUUGAGCAUGCACGGGAUAUAUUAAAAAUAUUUUAUGACGUCACUGUCGAGAUUAGUGCUGACAAAUAUGUUACACUAUCAAAAGAAAUUAUUUUUGUUAAUUCAUUGAAUAAGUAUGUCUCAAAGUUUGUUAACAAUAAUACAUUACCAACUGCUAUUCAUCAUAUGGCUAAAACAAUGAGUGAAGAGUUGAUUAAAAGGUUUUAUGACAUUGAAGAUAAUCCAUUGGUAACUCAAGCAGCACUCUUAGAUCCGAGAUUCAAAAAGCAUGUGUUUUCCAACGGUACAAAAUGUGCAAAUGCUAUCAAUUUCCUAAGGGCAAAGGUUCAAAGUAUUAUACUAGAACAGGACACAUUCGAAACCCAACAACCUACAAUUGCCACUGCCACUACAAAUUCAACCACUUCUCAAUCAAUUUUGUGGGAAGAAUUUGAUCAAACGGUUGUUAAUUUGAUUGGAGGAACAAAUCCAUCAGUUGCUGGAAUCAUCGAAGUAGAUAAGUAUUUGAACGAACCUUUAAUAAGUAGAUUUGAAAAUCCUUUAGAUUGGUGGGCCGAGCGAAAAAAGGUUUAUCCAAGAAUGUAUGAGUUGGUGAAAAGAAGAUUAUGCAUGAUUGCAACUUCAGUGCCUUGUGAACGAGUUUUCUCAAGAGCUGGACAAAUGUACGGUAAUAUAACUAUUUAUGGCGGUGGUGGUUGCGGUUGCGGUCGUGGUGGUGACGGUGGUCGUGGUGAAGGCGAAGGCGGCGAUGGUGAUGAUGUGCCGGUACCACCAGCAAAAGAGUUUACUGGAAAAUGUGACCUGUGCCGUGAAAAGGAGCACAAAGUGAUACAGUGCCCAAAAUUCUAUAAGUUUCCACACUGCAAUACAUAUGUAUUCCCUUUAUAA